AAUUUCUACUUCCGCAUCCGGACAGAGGCAUGUUGACAAACGGAGGAAAAAGAAGACGAACUGAGACUAUUACCUUCUAGCAAGUUUGCCUGUGUGUUUGAAGAGACAGAAAGGAGUGAAAGGUAUGCGUCCAGGCUGUUGAUAACAGUGAUGGAUGGAGAAAGCCAAAGGCCUUCUGUGCCAUGGGAAAACGGUACCCUGGCACCUGUGGACCGUCUUCGCUUCGAGAGGGCUGACAGUCCCACACCGGGUCUGGUGGAGGGAACGGAACCGGGUGCUGGUCAGAAGAGUGCCAUGUUUGUUCAUGCACAGUCUUUUGAGGAUCUGACUGCAGAGGCUGAAGAGCCUCACGGGGAUGCCGAGGUGCUCAAAUCCCGAGACUGUGCAGAGGAGAUCAGAGUGCUGGUGGGAGAUGAAAGGGCCGAGGAGCAACACGGCAUUCCAUCAGACUGCAGGACUAAAGAGGAGGAUGUGUCCAGCGAGGCAUGGAGGAGCCACAAGAAGCACAUGUUUGUGCUGAGCGAGGCCGGAAAGCCAAUUUACACCCGCUAUGGCACAGAGGAGGCUCUGUCCAGCACCAUGGGUGUGAUGAUGGCCCUCGUGUCCUUUGUUGACGCUGAGAAGAAUAUCAUUCGCUCUAUUCACGCAGAUGGAUGUAAAGUGGUUUUCCUCACCAAGAGUCCGCUGGUCCUGGUGGGAGUUUCCCGUACCUGUCAGUCAGACAAGGAGCUUCUGAGGGAGCUGCAGUAUGUCUAUUACCAAAUUGUUAGCCUACUCACCCUCACCCAGCUCAACCACAUCUUCCAGCACAAGCAGAAUUAUGACCUACGACGCUUACUGGCUGGUUCAGAGUAUCUCACUGACAACCUGCUGUACCGGCUGGACCACGACCCGGGCCUGCUGCUAAGCGCUGUCACCUGCCUGCCUCUGGCCAGCUCGUCCAGGGACGUCAUCUCCUCCAGCCUGCAGGCUGCCAAGUCCAAAAACCUUGUGUUCUCUAUUCUGCUGGCAGGAGACCGCCUGGUCACUCUGGUUAGGAAAAAGGACCAGUUCCUGCACCAUAUAGACUUGCACCUUGUCUUCAACCUUGUUGGCUCCUCCUCGUCUUUUCGGGAGGGUGAAGGCUGGACACCAAUUUGUCUGCCAAAGUUCAACACUGCAGGAUUCUUCCAUGCUCAUAUUUCCUACUUGGAGCCCAAGUCCGAGCUGUGCCUUAUUCUAGUGUCAACGGAUCGAGAGGACUUUUUUAACAUGUCUGAUUGCAAGCAAAAGUUUCUAGACAGGCUAAGUAAACGCAGUGCCUAUCAAGCCCUGAAGGAGGGGCUGAAGUCUCCCAGCUAUUCUUUGGCACAGAUUGGCAUCCCAGAACUCAGGCACUUCCUGUACAAAUCAAAGAGCUCUGGACUGUAUACCAGUCCAGAGUUUCCUGAGGUGUACCAGUCAGAUGAAGAGCAGGAGAGGCUAAUGAGUUUGUACCAGGACCUUCACAGUUACUUGCACCAUCCAACCAGACCCUUACGCUACUUUUACCGCUGUGGUGAAACUGAAAACAUGAUGGCCUGGGUGACAAGCGGCUUUGAGCUUUACUUGUGUUUCAGUCCCCUGGGCACAAAGGCGUUGGCUAUUUCUGCUGUCAACAAACUGCUGAAAUGGAUCAGGAAGGAGGAGGAUCGCCUGUUCAUCCUGAGUCAUCUCACCUACUGAGGCUUCUU